AUGCCGCGAAACCCUGCGGCGAAAAAGCACCAGCAUAACAACCGCCACGAGAAUGGCCUUGUAGGUCCCGGAAAACGUGUCACCAAGCAGAAAUCGAAUGGUCACCUCAAUGGAGCUGCGAAGGGCCCUGUUCCCUCCGAGCCUCUACCGCAUCAAACCCUUACUGAACACUCUGUGACCGGCUCAACCAACGCUCCGUCAAGCACUGCUUCCUCAGAAACGGCGUACCCUUCAAAGGCCUUCGCACCCAAAUCCGGGGAUUCGGAAGGCAGUGAUAGCAAAGAGAGGGAUCCUGUGAAAGAGUCGAAUGGAUCGGCGAUGCAGCAGCAGAGACGCGGUGAUAUGACUGGGACCAGGUCCAAAGCGGCGCACGACGUGAGCGUUCUGCAGAUCGCCUCAACUAUCCUAAGGUCUCGCCCUGCCUGUGACACGGUCUCUCUCCUCAUCGUUCUUCUGGCGCUGCCUUCCAUGAUAUUGACAAUGGUGCAAGCAUUCUUUGCUUCUUUGACUAUCUGGCCCGGUGGUGGUCCUUCGUUUCGCACAGCCGCCGACAUGUUCUAUGGAUCAGCUGGUGCGCCAAGCCCUACCACCAGGAUGGUCGUGGAUGUUAUAUGCUUUGGAAUUUGGAUGUGUCUUUGGCCUUGGGCUCAAAAUUUCACCCUGGAUCUUGCCCAAAUACAGAUCGCUAUGACUUUGGGAAAUGGGAGUUCCGGACGAAACGGCCGGGUGAAUGUGUUUUGUGUUGCAGGGGUUCUGGCGCUCCAUUUGUUAAGGAGUCAGGGUGUCCGUCGAUUUCUUCUCACCAAUCUGAUACCUACAGACUUGCGUCUUCAAUUGGGUCUGGCUGACUAUCUGAAGUAUCUGCCGUCGGAUACCGAUUUUGGAGAGAGUCCGCGGCCACCGUCGCAGAUUCGAAGUCUCUUCGCCAUUCACAUCAUCAGUCAGGCUGUAUUGGCUGUUAUCAGGCGGUGGCUACAUAGCCUGCAGUCUCCAACGCCUACGAAGACAAAGCGGGUAGACAUGGAAGCCUCCGCAGGCUCGGUGUCGGAUUUCUCGGCCCCUGACGGCUCUUCAUCAACUGCCAUAUCCUCGUCCGUUGAUUAUCAGCCACCUACACCUGGUCUACGUGAGGGCAAAGAGAAGGGGAUCACUGCAAAGAAGAGACGGCGCCAAGCGAACCAUGUUAGAAGCAAGCAACCAUUUUGGGCUGCCUUGGCGAGCACCAAGGUGCAAAUCGGAAGGGAAAUUCAGCACAACAAAGCUCUACCUUCAGUUGCCAACAACCAAGGAACACCUUUUGAAGCUGCACACCAGGAUCUAGUAUGGGUGACCCAUGUGGACCCCUCCUCUAUAUCCUUCGAGUCAAAUUUUGUUGCAACACAGGAGGAAUCAGGGGAUUCGGAUGAGCCUAGGCCGUUUUAUGUGCGGAUUAAUGGCGCAAAGUGGCAUUCUGUGAGUCUCGAAGCUGCAGAAAAUCCACUACCAGAAGGCUUAAGCACUCGCUGGUCAGGAACAAUCUCUGGCCUGGCCCCCAACUGUACCUACACCUGCACCUUUAUUUCCACCGACGGUGACGAAGAAUAUGCAUCAGUCAUGGUGAAGACACCUGCGUUGCUCGACAAAGACUUACCAGGAUCCCUGACACCCGUACCUGUACGUCAGUCUACACGGCCAUCAUCCCCAACUACCACCCUCAAAAACUCAAUCUCCACUACGGAAGCGAAGCUGAACGAAGCCCGUAAUCGCCUUACCAAGGUCAGACGCCAGCAUCGUGCCACUCUUGCUAAGGUUGAAAAGGAGGUCGACAGCUUCAACACCCGUCUCAAAACAGCUAGUGACGACACCAAGCAAAAACAAAAGCUCCUCCAGGCAGAGCGCACGAUCCGCCAGACCGAAGACGCCAAUCAAGAACUUGAGGCUGCUCUUGAAAGUCUGACGGCCACACCCGACGAUGACAUCGAAGAUCACAGCACCUCUCAAAAAGCCUUCGAGGGACAGUCCAAGCUUCUGACCGACGCGACUAAGAGUCUGAAAAAGGCGAAGAAUGCGGCAGAAUCUGAUAAGACCUGCGCUGAGAACGAACUGAAUGCCAUGAUCUCUCGCAAGGAGCGGUUAACUACUCGCAACACGAAGUUGACUGAGCAAUAUGAUCGCAUCACUCAAGCUAAUGUGCAGGGUCUCAACGAGCGAGAGAGAAGGGCUGCUGAAUCGAGUGCCAAGGACAUUGACCAGCAGAGGCGAGAGGCCGAGGUGUUACAGCAGAUUCACUAUAUGGAGGUUGAGAUUCGAAAUGCGAGGUUGAAGUUCGAUUCCCAGCAGCAAGAACUGAGGAUGCUUCAAGACGAGGACGCUCGACAGAUGAUGCUCAAUACCAGCGGGCCUCUGACGCCGGAAGGUGAACUCCCUGGAACUCGGCCAAUGCCGCAACAUGCUCGACCAUACGCCUUUGGCAGUUUUCAAGCAUUUCCCAACAGCCCUGUCAUUCCUGAGGCACAAAGUUCGCCUUUUCUUGCGUAUGCCAAAACUUUGCCGAAUACCGACCAGCGACGACCCAGAUCUGACACGAACCGAUCGGCAGGCGGACUUAGUAACUUCUCCGCCGAUUUUGAGGAUGCCGACCCGAUUCCUCCGGUCGAGUAUGAGGUGAUCGGACGCAAGGGUAGUGGCAGCAGCCGAGGCCAGAACAGUGGUAGUCCAGCGGCGGGUAUCAUUGGCGAGUUGCGCAGCCCACAACGAGGCAGCUAUAGUCCAGGACAUGUGCCAGGGUCAACGACUUGGUGA